UUUUCAACCACACAACCGAAAAUUAGAAACAAGGUUGCAGUUAUAAACAAGAUUAAUAGAUAAUGCGAUGUUAGUGGUGUAUGUAAUUAAGUAAAUAUUAAGUGUAAUUCAUCCACCGGCGUGGUUGGAAAUCGCGUUACCGGUCUCGCGAUAGCCGUGACGUCACCCCCGGGGGCUGGUCGGACUGCACACGGGAAACAUCCACUCAGCGACCGUCCUUUCAUUCCUGUAAUCCGUCUGCGUAGGGUGUGCUCCGGAGCUAGUCUCGGCACACAUUUUAUUAUUAUGAAACAAACCAAAAGCUAGAGUACACACGCAGACAUAUUUUUAUAAGAAAAAAAAAUCGGUGAAGCAGGAUUUGAUUUGCAAACCCAAGCAACGCGAAGAAGACGCUAAAUUUAAAAAAAAAAAAAAAAAACGGAAGACGCAACGAGAAGAACGUUAGCAAGCUAAGCAGUUAGCAUCAUUGUUGAAAGCGUGGGUGAUUAACGUUAGCCAGUCAUAUUGUUAACUAUCGUUUUCUUUCCCGUUUGAAGGGCUUUAUUAUUCCAUUUUAUUGUAGUUGACAUAUCUGCUUUGUAUAUUAACAAUAAGUCCGCUUGUUAAUCGGCAGUUACGGCAUACGGAAUCACGAAUUGUGAAAUUCAGUGAGCCGUCUUAGCUAGGCCGCACUCCGACAUUUUGCUAAUCAAGCUAACUAGUCCACGUUGCUAAGCGAGCAGUUCCUUCUGCGGUUUCAUUUUCGGAAAUCGAAGUCGGCGACCGAGGAGGUUAGUCAUUCCAUUCCAACGGCUUUUAUAGUGCCACAGUUGCCAAUUGGAUAUUGAUCUAUUUACUUUGCUUGAGAGCACGCGUCAUCCGACAUGAAUCCCAGCGCGCCCAGUUAUCCCAUGGCCUCCCUGUAUGUGGGAGACCUCCACCAGGACGUAACCGAGGCCAUGCUCUACGAGAAAUUCAGCCCGGCCGGGCCUAUUCUCUCCAUCCGAGUGUGCAGGGACAUGAUCACCCGCCGAUCCCUCGGUUAUGCCUAUGUCAACUUCCAGCAGCCCGCCGACGCUGAGCGGGCCUUGGACACCAUGAACUUUGAUGUGAUCAAAGGCAGACCUCUCCGCAUCAUGUGGUCCCAGCGUGACCCCUCACUGAGGAAGAGUGGAGUGGGCAACAUCUUCAUCAAGAAUCUGGACAAGUCCAUUGACAACAAAGCUCUCUAUGACACAUUUUCCGCCUUUGGAAACAUCCUGUCCUGCAAGGUGGUUUGUGAUGAAAAUGGCUCAAAGGGUUACGGCUUUGUGCACUUUGAGACCCACGAGGCUGCUGAGCGUGCCAUUGAGAAAAUGAAUGGCAUGUUGCUCAAUGACAGAAAAGUAUUUGUUGGACGCUUUAAAUCACGGAAAGAGAGAGAAGCUGAGCUUGGUGCCCGUGCAAGAGAGUUCACCAAUGUUUACAUCAAGAACUUUGGCGAGGACAUGGAUGAUGAGAAGUUGAAGGAGAUGUUUGGCAAAUAUGGCCCUGCCCUCAGUAUCCGUGUUAUGACUGAUGACAGUGGCAAAUCCAAAGGAUUUGGCUUUGUCAGCUUUGAGAGGCACGAGGAUGCACAGAAGGCUGUGGACGACAUGAAUGGUAAAGAGCUAAAUGGCAGGCAGGUGUAUGUGGGCCGUGCACAGAAGAAAGGAGAGCGCCAGAACGAACUCAAGCGCAAGUUUGAGCAGAUGAAACAGGAUCGCAUGACCAGAUACCAGGGUGUCAAUUUGUAUGUGAAAAACCUGGAUGAUGGCCUGGAUGAUGAGCGUCUGCGUAAAGAGUUCUCUCCAUUUGGAACAAUAACAAGCGCUAAGGUUAUGAUGGAGGGCGGUCGCAGCAAAGGAUUUGGCUUCGUCUGCUUCUCUUCCCCAGAGGAGGCCACCAAGGCUGUCACAGAGAUGAAUGGGCGUAUUGUUGCUACAAAACCACUGUAUGUAGCCCUAGCCCAGCGCAAGGAGGAGCGUCAGGCCCACCUAACCAACCAGUACAUGCAGAGGAUGGCCACUGUCCGUGCCGUGCCCAACCCUGUCCUGAACCCCUACCAGCCUGCUCCACCCUCUGGCUACUUCAUGGCUGCAAUACCUCAGGCCCAGAACCGUGCUGCAUACUACUCAGCCAAUCAGCUGGCCCAGCUUCGCCCCAGCCCCCGCUGGGCUACUCAGGGAGUGAGACCUCAACACUUCCAGAACAUGCCCAAUGCCAUGCGUCCCUCUGCCCCGAGGCCCCAGACCUUCAACACCAUGCGUCCCACAACCACCCAGGUCCCACGCAUGAUGACUUCCCAGCGGAUGCCCACCCAGGCCCUUGGCCAGCGCCCUGCCAGUGCUUCAGCCACUGCUGCACCAGUGCGUGCAAUGCCCCAGUACAAAUAUGCAGCUGGUGUGCGCAACCCCCAGCAGCACAUGGCCUCACAGCCACAGGUCACUAUGCAGCAGCCUGCUGUGCACGUCCAAGGACAGGAGCCCCUGACUGCCUCCAUGCUGGCUGCUGCCCCCCCUCAGGAACAGAAGCAGAUGCUGGGUGAGCGUCUGUUCCCCCUGAUCCAAAACAUGCACCCCAGCCUCGCAGGCAAGAUCACCGGCAUGCUGCUGGAGAUUGACAACUCAGAGCUGCUCCACAUGUUGGAGUCACCUGAGUCACUGCGCUCUAAGGUGGACGAGGCUGUCGCUGUGCUUCAGGCCCACCAGGCUAAAGAGGCUGCUCAGAAGUCCACCACCCCUGCUGGAGUUCCAAGCGUCUAAGAAGAUUGAGCAUUUUGAAACCUGCUUCACCGAUGGAAAAAGAUAGAAAAAAAAAUUAAACAUUGAAAAACCUAAAACUCUGAAAACAUUGCAAAAUGAUAAAUUAUUUCUUAAAAAAGAUGAAAACAAUUGACUCUGCCAGGUCUAGGGAUGGUUUGACUAGACCUUGAUCAUAAAAAAAGCAAAAGUUUGUUAAAAAAUAGCAAAAUAUAGAAAAUUGAGAUGAUACAUUUGAUGAAUGCAUUCCUGUUUUAUGUCAUUUUACUGUGUCAGUGCUCAGAAUAUCAUUUGUGUACAGGAAGGUGAUGGCUGAGCAUUUUGAAAAGUAAUUUGUAUUGUAAACUACUGGCUGUUAAUAAAUUCUCAAACAAUA